CCCGCCACUCCCCGCCCCGUGAGGUUACGUAGCUUGGGGAGGACGGUCGGGCCGCUCGUGCGUCGGACCCGCCGCCAGCCUGCCCAGCCAACCAGUGUGCAUAGAGGCACAGAACAGAGACCUUCCUGCGCUGCUGUGAGGCGAGAACAGGAUACAGUGACACGUUAAAAGAUACUGAAGAUACUGAAGUGCAGACACGUGUCGGUAACGGUGAGAAGGUUCGCAAAGGUACAAGAUUACGAGCGAGAGAGGAACGUGCAGUGAAGUUACAAGGAAGAGCUGAGAAAACCCCAAAACGCGUCCGCUACCAGGAAACGUAAUCGUAUGAACUAGGGCUGUGUGUGUGUGUGUUAAUGCCAAUCCCUCGGGGUCUCCGGGGAGGUAAGGAGGAGGAGCGAACAGUGAAACAGAUGGAUGGCAGCGUGCGGUGGCGGCGGAGACCAUCGGGCGGCGGCAGCGAUGAACUCCUCAGAACAUUACGUCUAAAACCCUUGUGCUAAGCCUCGCUGAGUUGAUCUGAGUCGAGUCAACCCUCUCGCCUCACCUUCCCCUUCCCUUUCCCUCCCUCGCCAUGCCUCUCAACUCCGGAAAGUGGUCAAGGAAGAGGAAGAUUGACCAUGGGAGCGACUGGCUGUUUAUGCACCCAAGAGCACCAACACGGCAACCCACACGACCAGCGGCGGAGAGUGAGGGGGAGUGCAGCAGUGCCUUGGGGGGAGCCAGUGCAGCACCAGAGGCCUGUACGGGCGUCCUCCCACCCCAGCCUGAAGGAAGAUCUGAAGGAGGAGGAGAGGGAAGAGGAGGAGAAGCUUGCGGGGAAGUUACCAGUGAAGGAAGAGCUCUUGGGGAAACUGGACGUGGCGGAAGAGGUUUCAGUGGCAUUGGAAGCGAAGGAAGAGCUUUAGAUGAGAUUCUGAGUGACGAAAGAGCUUUUGAAGAGGCUCGAGGCGAUGGAAGAGGUUUCAGCAACAUUGGAAGCGGAGGAAGAGCUAUUGACGAGAUUCUGAGUGACGAAAGACCUUUUGGAGAUGCUGGAAGUGAAGGAAGAACUUUUGAAGGGGUUGGUAGUGGCGUAAGAGACUUUGGUGACGUUACAAGUGAUAAGUUUGGUGCUAGUGGUGGUGGUGGUGCGGGGGCCUCCAGUCUGUUACACCCACGACACUCCGCAUCACCCACGCUUCUUCCUGAUCCGACUCGCCUCCCUCACCACAGACUAGUCCAACUCUUCAAGUCGUUCCGCCUGCAGGGCCUCCAGCAGGACCACCGGCCCCUCAAGAUCGUGCGGGCCAGCCAGCAGUACAUGUACGACAACACAAACUCAGAAUACCUCGACUGUGUCAACUCCGUGUCCCAUGUGGGCCACUGCCAUCCCGCCGUGGUGCGGGCCACCUACCUCGCCAAUAACCUGGACGUGGUCACGCCUGGCUGGGAGUUCGACACGGGCGAGCUCACCUACCCGCGGCAGCUGCGCCAGAUGCUGCCCGACCACCUCGACACCUUCCUCUUCUGCGACUCAGGGUCCGAGGCGGUGGACCUGUCGCUCCAGCUGUCUCGGCUCCACACGAGCGGGACGGAGACGGUGGUGGUCGACAACGCCUUCCACGGCUGCAUCGAGUCUGUGCACCAGCUCUCCCCGAAGGUGUUCAAGGCCAACAACAUAACCAAGGCGGACUGGGUGCACAUCGUCCCCGUCCCGGACCUGUACCGCGGGGAGCACCGGCGAGAGGACCCGGCGGCGCUCGACAAGUACCUGGCGGCGGCGCGCGAGGUGGUGCUGGGGACGAGGCAGGGCGGCAGGAAGAUCGCCUGCUUCAUCAGCGAGCCCAUGCUGGUCAUCCCGGGCUGCGUCAUGCCGCCCCCCGCCUGGCUGCAGGAGAUAUACAAGCUGGUGCGGGAGUGUGGUGGUCUGUGCAUCGCUGACGAGGUACAGACUGGCUUGGGUCGCCUCGGGUCACACCUCUGGUCCUUCCAAGCCCAGGAGGUCACCCCGGACAUCGUCAUUAUUGGCAAGACAAUCGGUAACGGGUACCCAAUGGCAGUCGUGGCCACCUCCAAAGAGAUCGCUGCCGUGCUGGGAGAUCGAGUCAAGGAGUACCGGUGCUCGCAGGUGGUGGAUGCGGUUGGCUGUGUGGUGCUGGAGGUACUUCAGCAGGAGAACCUCAUGGCAUCAGCAGCCUCUGUGGGAAGCUUCCUGCUGGAGUUACUGGCCAAGCUGCAGGAGAAGCACGAGUACAUUGGUGACGUGCGAGGGAGUGGCCUGGUAGUGGGCAUUGACGUGGUGUGGACCAGAGAGAGUCGCAAGCCAUCGCAGGAGAUAGCGGAGCAGAUUGUCCACAAGAUGAGGGAGGAGUACGUCAUUCUGGCCAACGAAGGCAAUGAGCGGAACGUGCUGAUGCUGAUGCCGCCCAUGUGCUUCACGCAGGACAACGCCACCAGCCUGGUGCAGCGCCUCGACAAGGUGCUGUGCGAGCUGCCCAAACCACAGGUGCCAAAGGAGGAGACCGGCCUGCUCUCCUACAACAUGGUGACGGGUAUGUGUGAGGGCCGCCUGGGCAUCAUCCAGCCCCAGGAGGAGGGUGAGGAGGAGGAGGGCGAGGGGUUCCCCUGCCCAAGGAACACCAUGGGCCUGGAGGGCUCCCAGAAGAGCUACCAAGACCUGGACUGAUGCAGCAACGCCUCAACCCAACACUGCAGCCAUGGUUAGCCCUGUGUCCAAAAUUGUGGCCCUCCCUGUUACCAGCCGACAACUUUCAACCAUAGACAAGUGGCUGAGGAUUACCCACAUGCUGACCAGAUUAAGAAACUCUGACUUCAGGAACUUGAGUGUUAACAGGGGCAGCACUGGGCAAGAAUGAAGAACUAUUGCAGCACCAUUGAAGGGCUCAGGCCAACCACCAGCAACCUUCAGGAAAGCCUACCAGUGCUGUGGACAAACUAUCGAAAAAAGAGAAAAGUUAAGACUGUUACAUCACCAUCAAGGCUUAUGUCUGGGCCUGUUCAUGCCAUUCCUCCAAGUGACUGAUAAAGGAGAGAGGUAUUAAUGUGCGUGAGUGAAAACCUUUGAAAACAGACACACACUUGAGGCGUUCACACUGCCAUACAAUACAAUGACCCUUGACCUCUGGGUGAUAGUUCGUUAUCAUUUAAAAACUUUCAUUUCUGGCAGAGUGAAAAACAAAAGGUCUGGACUGGUCUGUGUACGUCACUCAUCCCUCACUCAUCCCAUACAUCAUUCCGUCCUCUCAGUAACUGUAAGGCAUCUCAUCCAGCUCAUGUAUCUUUCUAUAAACCACCUAUUUAUCAAAGACCCGCCCCUCUGCCCUCUGUCCCUGCCGCUCCAACACAGUGACGAAUGACAAGGCUGAGUGUCCAAGUGUCUGUGAUCCUUGAUGUGUUCCCCUUGCGUCCAUACCUGUGUCCUUAGUUUGUAUGAUUUUAAGCUCAAUCAAUUAGUCAGUCAAUGGGGGCAUAUAUUGGGGGGCUCAUCACCUCACCCACCCAACAACACCAAGCCUUUUUUUUUACAGCUAAAUAAACAGCUCAAGGGCAACCAAAAAAAAGGUGUAAAAGAAAAAAAAAAGCCUGCUAAUCGCUGUUCCUGGUUCUGGGAGUCUGAAUUUGUGAGGCAAGGUGAUGUUUAACCCAGUAGCUGCGGGGAUCAUGUUUCUUAAAGGCCCCUCCAAGCGAGAAAAAUGAGAAAAAAAUCAUCACUCAUGCAAACCAUUUCAUAAUAUAUAUCAACGCAUUUGUGAUCAGUUUAUGCAUCAUCUAUUUUUGGGGGUUUUAUAUCAUGGGAAAAAUCUGGCCUGUCGCUGGUACACGGUAAAGCCACAAAUUUGACCCGUCGCUGAUACCGGGUUAAAGGAAGAAGGAAAAUUUAAAGAGAUGUGUUGCAAUUACUGUCAUAGCCAAAGGCAGGUAUAAUCUUCCCUUGAGUACACUUUUAUUUGGACCCAGCAGCCUGAACUAAGCCACCAAUGCUGUGGGCCAAGGUCCUGAAGAGAAGAUAUGUUGUACUGGUAUCUGAGCUGUGUUAGGGCCGCCCAGUGUAACAUCUAGUUGGAAAAUCUUCAAGGAUCACGUAAAAUCUCAAUGUUUGCAGAGAUUGAUGCUGUUUGGAAUGUAGGCAGCAAGCAUACUCAUUUGUCCCACUGGUCUUAGGUGGUCUUGCUUAGGCCUAUGGGUGGGUGUGGGGGAUCUUGAAGUAAAGGGAUGGGAGCCUGUUUUGUGAGGUUCUUUCUGUGAUAUCAUUCUUAUGUUCCAUUGUAUUUGUGCUAGCUAUGGGGGAGGGGGAGAACAGUUAACCAAAUGUGAGUAAUAUGAUAUUUUUUAUUUAAUUUGACCCAGUAGCUGCGGGGAUCAUGUUUCUUAAAGGCCCCUCUAAGCGAGACUAAUGAGACAAAAUCAUCACUCACGCAAACCGUUUCAUAAUAUAUAUCAACGCAUUUGUGAGUCAGUUUAUGCAUCAUUUGUUUUGGGGGGUCGCUGGUACAUGAUAAAGCCACAAAUUUGGCCUGUCGCUGGUACCAGGUUAAGGAGGUUAGUGAGAAAGGUGGUGGAAAGGGUGAUCGUAAUGUGUGUUUCUCGACCAUUUCCAAGGUGUUAAUUUUUCCCUGACACAUAUAUGGACACAGCGGGGAACAUGUCAUGGAUCACGGACACAUGGAUGCCUGGCCCAACACACUCACUCACCCGAGCAAAAUUCCGGAGUAUUAGUGAAUCAUUGUCAUUACUUUGCUUCUUAAUACUUCAGUCAGUCUCGAUGUCCCCCCAUACAACUCUGACAUCCAGCAUUUUUAUCAUUACUUUCUUUAACAUGCCGACAACUCUUCCGGCGAUCCUCUCAACCCUCACUGCCAUCAGCAACCACCACCUCAAUUCCACGUCAUCCACAUCAAACAUUUGUCAGGUCCACUUCCAAGGUAUUAAUGCUUUAUGGUGUGCUUUAAAAAGUUUUUGAUAUUCUGAAAACAAUAAAUCCGUGAAGUAUA